AUGGCAACCUCACAGAGAGACCAUCCGCAUCACCUUACUUUACCCAACUUAAAAACGCUUGUUCUCGGAGAUAGUCCUUCGUUCUCGCACGCGUCGCUGGGCAAUGUUCCCUUGAAUGCCUUCCUUACGAUGCUCUCCAAGUCUCCGGAGCAACUUCCGUCUUUGCAAAGGCUGGAGGGGUUUUCCCCCUUCAGUCCAGACUUCCUGCGAACCCACGGAUCAAAAGUGCGCAUUGUCCGCACCGUCGCAUUCACGCCAUUACUACAUGAAAUCAUCGCAACUUGUCCGAACUUGGACACUUUUGUCACUAUCUUUCCUCAUCACAUUCUGGAUCUGCUAUCGCAUCCUUCACUGAAGCGGAUUGGCAUUUUCCCCAUCAGUGAGGAUCCUGUUGGCGUCCCUCAAGCGAUAUUCAGCGCGUAUAUCAUGAAGCCGCUCGAAGAUCUCUUGUGUCAGAUCGAUGAGUCCCAACUUCCGAAACUGACCCAGGUCCGGAUUCGUAACGUUGGGACUCUAGCGAAUAUUACGGAACACCCCUUGUUUCUUCAGAGGUGGUGGAAACGCUGGGAUUCAAGGGGUGUACGUUUUGACGACAAGGAUGGACAACCGUUUCGCUCUAGUAUCUUCAGGGAACCACAGCGUACUCAAUAA